GCGGCGGGGAGGGGGGAAGGUGAAGGUGCUGACCGCGGCGGCAGCGGCGUUGGUGUCCGGGCCGGGCUGGAGCCACGCCCCACCUGCACCCUGUCCAUUGGUCUGCCCGCCCUUCCUGAGGACGUGGGCAUCGAAGACGCGUGAUGGCAGCCUCGCUUCUGAUGGCUGGUUCCCAGACACCUGUGACGUUUGAGGACGUCGCCGCUUACCUGACCCGGGAAGAGUGGAGGCCGCUGGAUCCCGCUCAGAGGGACCUGUACCGGGAGGUUGUGCAGGAGAAUUUUGGAGACAUGGUGUCACUGGACUUUACAAUUGGCGGCGAGAACGAGGUGAUCCCCAAGCAGGAGGUGGUGGACGAGGCAUACGGGGCCCUCCCGGGGCGGCCCAAAGGCGGCGGCUCCCAGGAGCUGGAGUUCGACGGGGGCGGCCUGACGGCGCGGCCCUGGGGGUCGCUGGCGGCGGAGGGCUGGGCCGGCUACCCCCCGGCCCAGGUGGCCGACCUCCUGGCCCAGGCGGAGGCCCUGGGGGGCGGGGCCGGGACGGACGGGGCCGGGGCCGGAGGGGGCCGCUUCCUCAAGUGCCCCGAGUGCGGGAAGGGCUUCGGCCAGACGUCGGACCUGAACCGGCACCGGCGCACGCACUCGGGCGAGCGGCCCUACAAGUGCGGCGAGUGCGGCAAGUCCUUCAGCCGCAGCUCGCACCUGAUCCAGCACCAGCGCACGCACACGGGCGAGCGGCCCUACGACUGCAGCGAGUGUGGCAAGAGCUUCGGCCGCAGCUCCCACCUGAUCCAGCACCAGACCACCCACACGGGCGAGAAGCCCCACCGCUGCACCCAGUGCGGCAAGAGCUUCUGCCGCGCCUCGCACCUGAUCCAGCACCAGCGCACCCACACGGGCGAGCGGCCCUUCGCCUGCGCCGAGUGCGGCAAGGGCUUCGGCCGCAGCUCCCACCUGGCGCAGCACCAGCGCACGCACACGGGCGAGAAGCCCUACGCCUGCGGCGAGUGCGGGCGCGGGUUCAGCGAGCGCUCGGACCUGAUCAAGCACUACCGCGUGCACACGGGCGAGCGGCCCUACCGCUGCGAGGACUGCGGCAAGCACUUCAGCCAGAACUCGGACCUGGUGCGCCACCGGCGGGCCCACACCGGCGAGCGGCCCUACGAGUGCCGCCAGUGCGGCGAGAGCUUCAGCCGCAUCUCCCACCUGGCGCAGCACCGGCGCACCCACACCGGCGAGCGGCCCUACGAGUGCCGCCAGUGCGGCAAGGGCUUCAGCCGCAACUCCCACCUGGCCACCCACCAGAAGACCCACACGGGCGAGAAGCCCUACGCCUGCGGCCAGUGCGGGCGCGGCUUCAGCGAGCGCUCGGACCUGGUCAAGCACCAGCGCACCCACACGGGCGAGAAGCCCUACGAGUGCGCCGAGUGCGGCAAGGGCUUCACCCAGAGCUCCAACCUCCUCACCCACCAGCGCACGCACACCGGCGAGCGGCCCUACGAGUGCGACGAGUGCGGACGGGCCUUCAGCCGCAGCUCGGCCCUCAUCAAGCACAAGCAGGUCCACGGCGACUAGGCGUGCCCUCGGGGUAUGCGCGGGGGCGGACGCCCCUGCACCCGGAGCCCCGAGCGGAGCGGGGCCGGGGAGGGCGGCGACGAGGCCCGCGGGCCUCCGUCUCCCCAGCUCCGGACCCAGGGGGCCGACGGGCCCCCGGCCGGCCUCUCUCCGGACCUCGCCUUGGAGCUCGGGCCUCCGGCCGGACGCCCUCCCUCCCUCAUUCCGGCGGGUCCCCGCUCCCGGCCGCCCUCCCUCCUCGGACCUCACCGACGGACGUGGAAGGGGAUGCCGAGAGCCGGGGGUCCGGGACCGCGGAAGGCACGGAAUCCCCAACCCCCCGGCCCGUCCGCUUGCCCACACAGCAGUAUUACUCGGAAUUGAUGAUGACGACGAUGACGACGACGACGAUGAUUCAGCCUUUGGAAAUUAUCUCUGGGAAAACUGGAGGGCGAUUUAAGCGGGUGGGCCCUCGAUGACAAAGGCGUGGAUCCGGGUACCCCUUUCCCGGGUCAGGCCCGGGCAAGGGGGCCGUAAAUCCGAGAGGAGCGACGCUUCCCCGACCCUCUCCCUCCGCCUGUGGGUCUCCAGUGUCCCAGGCCUCACGCCUCUCCUCUGCUGGGAAAGCGGCAGCUUCGGGGGGAUGGGGGUUGUUCGGCGGAGACUUGUUGCUGGGGGCCGGCCCGGGGCCCCGGUCCGUGCCCAGGGGAACCCGGGCUAGCCCCAGGCGGGGAUCCUCUCACUUAGCCUGGGUCGGGGUGGUUCCCCCCUACCUGCCUGCCUGCGCACUGGGUUGUGCUGGGAAAGGUGGGCAAGGGCUUGGUCCCAGGCAGCAGCGGGGUGGGGGUGGGGCCCAUGGGGGAGCUGGGUCUGCUUUAAUUCGGGCAUCUUGGGAGCAGGGACAUAGGCUGGUGGGGGUUGGUCCACAGCCCACUGGGGUGAAGCAGUCACUGGCUGUGGGAACUGGGAGCUUCCCGAGGGAUUGGCUCCCAGGGUUUUCACCCUUUCCCUGAGGGAUAUCCUCCCGGAAAGCGACUGAGAAUUUUAAAUUUAGGGGAGUGGGGAAGCUGCCGGGUGUGGGGGGGACCCCAGUGUCCGGGCGCACUGGAUUUCCCAGGCCUCCCUCCGGAGGGCAGAGGCGGGGAUGGGCAGUUUCGGGCUUCUGCCCCGGGCUGGCCCAUUCUCCUCGCGGCUGCAGCCAUGGGACCAGCUGAGCUCCCGGAAGCGAGCGGUAGUGGGGAAGAGAAAGUCCUGAGGUCUGUCCUCCUGAAGGGUGGGCGGCCCCUCGGGAGAGGGGAGAGACCCUUUGUGUCUCUGCCCCACCGGAUGCCCCAGAUCUCACCGGAAACCCGUGGCGCUUUAUAUUUGGGGGGUGGGGGGAGGGCACUGAGGGAACAGGGUGAUGGGGGUUGGGGAUCUCAGGACCCUGGUGGGGGAACAUUAUCCAUGUGUGUUUAUUUGCAUUGUAUUAUGGCAACUACUCAAAUUAAAACACUCAGAAUUUUAACGCA